CACCGUCGUGCGCCUGCUACGUCGACUGUUUCUUCUUCUGAUGGCGGGGCAGUCACGGAAAUGGAUGAUCCUUGUCGCCACCAUUUGGAUUCAGGCAUUCACCGGAACCAACUUCGAUUUCUCGCAGUACUCAUCUACCUUGAAAUCCGCACUCAACAUCUCCCAGGUUCAAUUAAACUACCUCGCAACCGCCAACGACAUGGGUAAGGUUUUCGGUUGGUCCUCUGGCCUUGCUCUUAUGUAUCUUCCACUCUCUCUCGUCAUGUUCAUCGCUGCUUUCAUGGGUUUCCUUGGUUAUGGCCUUCAGUGGCUCCUCAUCAACCAUUUCAUCAAUUUGCCUUAUUUUCUGGUCUUUUUUCUGUGUCUUUUAAGUGGCUGUAGCAUCUGUUGGUUCAACACAGUAUGUUUUGUUCUCUGCAUUAGGAAUUUCCCAGUUAACCGAACUCUUGCGUUAUCACUCACUGUGAGUUUUAAUGGUGUAAGUGCAGCACUCUACACCCUUGCUGCCAAUUCAAUAGACCCUUCAUCCGAUACAGUGUAUCUGCUUUUGAAUGCUCUUGUUCCCCUUCUCAUUUGCAUUGCUGCACUUGUUCCAAUUCUUCGCCAACCGGCUUUAGACCCUCUCCCUCCAGAUGCAGUUAACCGGGACUCACUGGUAUUUCUAAUAUUGAAUUUCUUAGCUAUUUUGACUGGGCUUUAUCUCCUCCUUUUUGGCUCAUCUACUUCUGGUGCAACUUCAGCGCGGCUCUAUUUUGGUGGAGCUAUUCUCCUCCUCAUCUUCCCAUUAGGUAUUCCUGGUAUUGUAUAUGCUCGGGCUUGGUUUCGCCAGGCCAUCCAUUCCAGCUUUCGGAUGGAAGGCUCCAGCUUCAUUCUUGUUCAUGAUGAUGAUCUCGAGCUGCAUAAAGAACUCACUAGCCGUCACAAUAGUAUUGUUGGCAAUGGGGAUACUUACAGCCUGCUGACUGACAAUGGAUACAUGUUUGGAAGUCAGACAAAAGAUAGUGAUGUGUGCUGUGAGAGGAUGAUUGGCGAGGAUCAGUUGGCAAUGCUAGGAGAAGAACACUCAGCAGCAGUGAUUGUCCGCAGAUUGGAUUUUUGGCUUUACUAUGUUACAUACUUCUGCGGAGGUACAAUUGGUCUUGUCUAUAGCAAUAAUCUGGGACAGAUUGCCCAAUCACUGGGCCUGAGUUCAAAUACCUCUACACUUGUCACGCUCUAUGCAUCCUUUUCCUUUUUUGGCCGCUUGCUUUCAGCUGCGCCAGACUAUAUUCGUAAUAAGUUCUACUUUGCAAGGACUGGUUGGUUAACCGUUGCACUCAUACCAACCCCGAUUGCGUUCUUCUUGCUUGCUGCAUCAGACAGUCCUCUGGCACUGCAUACAGGCACUGCAUUAAUUGGGUUGAGUUCAGGUUUCAUAUUUGCAGCUGCUGUGUCAGUUACAUCUGAGCUGUUUGGACCUAACAGUGUAGGCGUCAAUCACAACAUUCUCAUAACAAAUAUUCCAAUUGGAUCACUUCUCUACGGUUUUCUGGCUGCAAUAGUUUAUGAUGCCAAUGCAUACUCAAUACCAGGAAACUUGGUAAUGUCUGACUCAGUAGUGUGCAUGGGAAGGCAGUGCUACUUCUGGACAUUUGUCUGGUGGGGAUGCAUCUCUGUCCUGGGACUAGCUUCUAGUUUGCUGUUGUUCUUAAGAACUAAACACGCAUAUGAUCAUUUUGAGAAACACCGUAUUUCAACACAAUCGAUUGUGUCUUAACUUUUGUUAUUGAUAAUGCAUGAAGAUUAUAGCGUGGAAGAAUUCAUUUGAAAAGUACCAGAAGCUUCACUUGUAUAGGUAUGCAUUUGGAGACGGAGGUAGAGGAGCAGAGCUAAAGCUAGGGUGAUUCUUGAGGAAAUACCUAUUCUAGUGUUAUAUAUAGAGGAGAGUUAAAGAUUUAGAACUAAAGUGGAUAAAAUUUUUGUUUUACUGUCUCAGUGCACAAAAUAUGCAGCACUGAUUUGUUUCGAACUAAGCAAAUUACUCCUCUGACCUCUAGUUCGAAUUAAGCUAGUUGAAUGUGAAAACUCUCCAAAGGUUUUCUAUUCCAAUGCAUAAUUCGAUCAAUCUACUUGUUUUAGCAGUAAAG